UGUGGGUUGAUCUGUCAAAAUCGGGACUGUCCUGCUAAAACCAGGACAGUUGGGAGGUAUGGGAAUGGUAGACUGUGUACCAACACUCAAGCCCCCAAUGAUGUCACUUACAGAAUAAUGAUGACGGCACUUUGGUUUUAUGGUUGAGCAGCAGGUUGGGUUGCACAUAAAAGUUACCCACACAGGUCUCUUACUCUACCUUUGUGAAUUCCUCUCCAGUGUAUAUAACUGUACACUGCAAGUUAUUUUCACAGCAAUAUGUGGCAAUGCUUUAUACUCUUUGGGGCUCAUGAAAAAUGGGCAGAUAAGAAUAAAUACAAAAUUAUGUGUUUAGUACUGUGCCAAAGUCUUUGUGCCCGGCCUCAAAAUUUGUGUGCAUGCACACAAGAGCACAGCUUAGCGGGAUCAUUGUUGGUUGCUAUGGGUUACCGUACCUCUGCAAAUUUUGGGUUCUUGGUUACGUAUGGUGGAUUGGCUGUAAGGUCCACUAUAUAGUUAUAGGUGGCAAAACAGUCAAAUAGGGGCUUGCCUAUCUGUUUAGAUGUCUUGCUCGAUAUAAGUGAAAGAGGCAGCUGGUUUUGCAGUCAGUAUUCACCAAUUAGGGACUAAAUCAGCUGGCAUGACAGCGUUAUGGUAGUUGUUACUGGGUCCACCAUGGAAGUGAGCCUUUGUGUGCCACAGUAAUUGUGGUACAGAAGCCCUAAGAAAUAUAGAGAAUGAGUGUUUGGCAUUACUACAUUCUCUUUGCUAAGGGUUUGUGUGUGUCACUCACUGUGUGACAGUUGCUUAGUGCUCAUUCUUUCUACACACCAAUGCUGCUGAACCCAAUCCUUACCUAUUAUCUCUAGGCACACCUUAUUCACUGUUAGCAAGUGUACAUAAAGAACAGGGUGCAGGACUGGGUGGAAAUGUUCACAGUUAGCUUUCCAUUUGGUUUCACAUGACAGUCUUGUGUUCACUACUUUUCUAGUACUUCCUGACAGUACUGAAGACUUCUACAGAGACAGGCUGUACUUGUCUUGUCUUCUACAGCUUGAACGGUUCUAUGGAAUUCUAAGAGUGUCAAUAUGAGGAGGGCAUUUCUCAAGGCUGAGAUCUUUGUCUUGCUUGCUGUUGGAAUAUUGUCCCUCCUUUUUAUCCUCCGGGAAAAUGAAAAUGAUCAACUAGUGUUAGAAGAAAUUGAGGAACGUUCACCUAAUCGUCUUGCAGAUACUAUUGACACUACUGAAUCACCCAUUCUAAAACUAGAGUGGAAUUCCAGGUGUAAACCGAAUGAUUCUGUUGAAAGUAUUAGUGGGUUCUCUGUUUUGCCGCCUCAUAUAAAAGAUUUCUUAAAAUACAGGCAUUGCAGAAGUUUCCCCCUAAUUAUUGACUCUCCAAAUAAGUGUGAUGGUCCGUCUGCAUCCAAAGGAGUUUUCUUGCUGCUUGCAAUUAAGUCUUCCCCUGGUAACUAUGAAAGAAGGGCUGUUAUUCGACAGACUUGGGGAGCAGAAGAGACCUACGGGACUGCUAAGGUGAGGACGAUAUUUAUAUCAGGGAUUCCAAAGGCAGAUAAGGAAGUAAAAAGGAUGAGUAAACUGCUGAAGAUUGAGAGCCAGAAAUUUGGUGACAUUUUACAAUGGGAUUUUCAAGACACUUUCUUUAACCUAACUCUAAAGCAGCUCCUGUUUCACCAGUGGUUAGACAACAACUGCCCAGGAGCCAACUUUAUUUUCAAUGGAGAUGAUGAUGUCUUUGUGAACACCUUCAAUGUAAUUACCUACUUACAGGGACUUAGAGAGAAUGGAGCAGAUAAACAUCUCUAUGUUGGGCAGCUGAUUGCAAAUGUAGGUCCUGUCCGGGAGUCACAGAGCAAGUAUUACGUACCAGUACAGGUUACCACUUCCAAUUCCUACCCAAAGUAUUGUGGAGGAGGAGGAAUUCUUAUGUCUAGAUUUACUUGCCUUUCCAUCUCCAAUCAGUCAAAAAGCAUACAACUUUUCCCAAUCGAUGAUGUGUACCUUGGCAUGUGCCUUGAAAAGGCAGGCUUAGUGCCAGCUUCCCACAUGGGAAUGAGGACAGUAGGGGUGAAGGUCCCUUCUGCCACAUUGGAUUCUUUUGAUCCUUGUUAUUAUAGGGAGCUUCUUAUGGUACAUCGUUUUGUGCCUUAUGAGAUGAUAGUCAUGUGGAAUGCCAUACAAGACCCCAAAGUAGACUGUGGCCAAAGACAUACUAUCUACAUUGGCGUAUGAUAAACAUUUUCUUUGUGAUCAAGGGUUUUGCACCUCUGACAUAAAUGGUUUACAAAUGAAGCACUGCUGAUGGAUUAAGAAAAUAUUUGGACCACAAACAAAGGAAUUUAAAAGGAAAGACGUUCUAUGAUUUGAUUGCACAGCUCAACCACUAUUCCAUGACCCCCCCCCCCAAAAUAAUAAAUAUUCUCAACUGUUUGCUAGGCUGAAGCUGGCUGUGCUUUCCUGGAAAAUGAACUCAACUGCUGCCAGUACAUUGUCAUUUGCACUUGAACAUGACCAAAAAAAAAAAAACCUAACUAAAGAACCAAAAAAAUCUCUUAA